AAACUUUUGACACGUGACGUGCAAAAUAUUUAUAGCAAACAGUAUAAAAUGGCGUCACCAUUAUUCCAAAAUAUUCUUGCGGCCGCACGGAAUCAAACAACGAUUUCCAAAAAAGCUGAAAUGAAUAAAUUGGUGAUUUUCUGUGCCUUUGUCGGGUUCUGCAUUGCUGGCGAAUAUUCCACACAUACGGAUGGUUACGGAGUUGGUGGACAUAGCGGAUACGGUAAUGUUGGACACGGAUAUGGACAAGUAGGAGGGGGCGUCCUAGGAGGUGGUGGCGGAGGGUUGAUAGGAGGUGGACCUGUAGGUGGUGUCGGAGGACCUGGGGGUGUUGGAGGGGUCAUUGGAGGAGGCACAGGAGGAUUUUUUCCCGCAGCAGGCUUUCCAAAGUAUGGAACAUGUCCAUUUGGAUUCAAUCCUCUCGAACUCGGUCCAUAUUGUUCAAACGACGAACACUGUCACGGAGUACAGAAAUGUUGUUAUGUUCCUGGCAAUGGUCAAAGAUGCCAAAUUCCAAGAGAAUACCAGAAACCAGGUUCUUGCAACACAAACUAUGAAUUAAGUGGGUGGGUGCGCAGAGCAUGUAACGAUGAUACCACAUGUCGCUAUGGCAAAUGUUGUAGACGAGCUUCAAGUGGUCAAGUUGACACAUGCACAUACCAAUUCCAUGGUCCUAUCCCAGGCGGUCAUGGAAUCCCAGGCGGUCAUGGAAUCCCAGGUGGUCAUGGCAUCCCAGGUGGCCCCGGUCAUGUCUAUCCCAUUCCGCAUCAACCUGGUCACGGAGGUCACGGAGGUCAUGGAUAUGGACAAACAUAUUCCAAACAGUCGAAAGUCUACUAAACACUGCCGAUCCGAAGUAUUUUUCUGUGUUAUGACAAAUAAAUCGUUAUUUUGCAUCUGAAAA